AUGUCCAUUGUCCUACUGUACUUAUUAAUAUCAGCACUCACACCUUCAGAAGCGCACACAAAACUACAAGAUGUUAACGAGCCGCGGCCGGGCAUCAAUUUGACGAGAGCCAACCAAGUACUCACCUCCCUCUGCGACGCGUACGAACGUGGCGAUGUGUCUGGCGACUCGUGUAAUCGACUGUGUUACGAUAGGAAUUGGUUGGUCACCGACUUCUACGAGGGACACAAGACUGUUGUGAUAGUCAAGGAUGGCGGCCAAUCGGCAGUCUACAAAUCGACAAAACCAUUCAUGGAGCAAUUCUCGGAGCCAAAAGAGCAUCUGACGGAUUCCGAAUUCUCGGAUCGAGUGGUGGAUGUGGUGAACGAUGAGUUACGGCUCGGAUGGCCUAAACACUACAGUAGGCAUUUGAUGGAGACAGUCUGGCCGACGUUGCUCAGAACAAAAGGCGCCGGGAUGUCCGCGGCGGAUAGGCGGAGCCUAUGGGCACUUUUGAACCAGCCAGAAUUCAUUCUCUUUCGAGUAUUGCCACUGACACGUGUCACACCGAAAUUGAUAGGCACUUGUGGUCACAUGUAUCAGACGGAAUCGUUGGUCGCUUUUAAAAUGAAAGGAUAUUAUACGAAUCUCAAAGCGAAGAUACUCGUUCACGUGAUGGGAACACUCAAAUUAUUGUACGAGUUCUUGGAUGAGCCAUUGCAAUGGUGUGAUGUUAGAUUUGAUAAUUUGGGACUGUCAGCGGAUUAUCCAAAGAGAUUUGUGUUAAUGGACGGCGACAUGGUGUACACCAAAUCGAAGCUAGAUUCUUUGCUAAAAGGCCGCCCAUGCGAGACGGAUGACGACUGUAAAAUUGGUGAUUGUACGGCGAGAUGCACGUCGAGUAUGGUGUGCUCGUCGAGGAGUAACGGCAAUUUAGAGGUAUUCUGCGAUAAGCUCGUCAACAAACUCUUCGCCAAUCAGUGGUCGAAAAAUAACAAAUAUCUGGUCGCGUGUCGAGAUACCGGUCGAAAUAUUACGACAAGAUUAAACGAAUUGCGGUUAACAUGGUCAUGGAACUUGCCGGAUGUUUAG